AUGACGCGUCCCAAAGAGGAGCACGUCUCUGGAAGCCAGCUUAUGGGCGAUAGCCCCGCUGUGAUAGUCCCGGACGAAGCAUUUCAGCUGUCCGGUACUGCCUUGUCUCUCAACGGUAGCGCGAGGAGAGUUGGAGAAGGGGACGACGACGUCGAAGAGCGCCUUCGUAUUCUUGUCGAUUUCCGCACACCGGACGAGCUCGUGCCAGAACUCUUCCAUGGUGACGUCGGCGAGCUUUCUCUGACCCGGGACGGCCCGAGCAGUGACAAGCGUUUUGAUACUGACGCACCGGCGAGGGCGAUAAGGAGCGCAGUCACCUUCUCGCGAAGGACGGCGAACAGCUCAUCAGUCGGCCUUUCGGCAAACUUGACGAUGACAUCGCGCCCCGAGUUCUUGAGUACAGACGAGGAAGCCUGCAUCAUCGAACCCGAACCUCGGCAAGCGUCGUUGAUGUACGACGUGAGGAGCUCCAACGAACAGUCAAUGUCGGUGAAGGUAUGGGGGAAAAUCCGCACUAGCACAGAGCGCGAGUUCUCGACCGGGUUGCCCUGCUUCACAUGGAUCGGCGGGGGCUUCUUAGCGGGAGCGGGCGGAGCCGGCUUCUUAGAGGAAGGCGUCCCUGCCGCGGGUUGUCCGGGGCGGGUGACGAGAGCAGAAGACCCGGUGGGCCCAGGAGGGGGCGGAGCGCCAGGGCGAGAGUACCCCGGGCAAGUGCUCUCGGCAGCCUUGAACGCGAGAGACCCUUUUGCCCACCAAAGCGUCAAGCUGCCUAAUGGCUCCCAUUGUUUGUAA